GUACAAUCGCCAUUUUGAAUUGAAUAAAGAAAUAAGAAUUGAAAGCAUAUGAUUAUUGAUAAUUCAUAUUAAUAUAAUAAUUACUUUAUAGUAGUGUAAGCCGUUUUGUGUCAACUGUUGCAAAUUUUUAUGCUUAAGUGUUAUGGAAGUAACUUUAAUGUAAAUUAAAAUACAAUACAAAUACAGAAAAACCCAUUUUUGCAAAUAUGAAUAGCAAGGAGAGCUAUAAUGAUGACUUAUUUCAAUACAUAAAAGUAAGUGAGGACGAAGAUGAAUCUAAUGCAGUGGAAAUUCCUUGUGAAUUAAAUGGAACACUUUUACUAUCAACAUUAGUCGCACAGUUUCCUGGGGCUUGUGGACUUAAAUUUCGCAAUCCUGAAAACAAAUGUGUUCGAGGUUUACGUCUCAGUGAUGGCAAGCUACACCCUCCCACAGAAGCUGGAUGGGGUAAGCACCUUUACACCUGUGUUUUUCCUAAAGAAAAUAAACGGAAAAUGGAAGAUGUGUCACCAGAAAAUUCUGCCGCUAAGACUAAGCGAUUAGAAAAAAAACUCAUUUGUUCUGACUUAAUAUGUUUGGGAUUGCCUUGGAAGUCUACUGAAGAAUCUAUAAAGCAAUACUUUGAGCAAUUUGGUGAAGUUGUAAUGGUGCAAUUAAAAAAAGAUAAGAAUGGAUCAUUUAAAGGCUUUGGUUUUAUUCGUUUUGCUACCUAUGCGUCUCAAAUGAGAGCACUAGCUCAAAGACAUAAUAUCGAUGGUCGAUGGGUAGAUGUGCGUAUUCCUAAUUCUAAGGAAGGUGUUGUGCCGCAAAUGCCCUGUAAAGUAUUUGUGGGCAGGUGCACUGAAGACAUGACUGCAGAUGAUCUCCGAGAAUAUUUUUCCAAAUUUGGAGAGGUUACAGAUGUUUUUGUACCAAGACCUUUUAGAGCCUUUGGAUUUGUAACUUUCUUAGAUCCAGAAGUAGCGCAGAGUCUUUGUGGGGAGGAUCAUGUUAUUAAAGGAGCUUCUGUGUCAGUUUCUAGUGCAGCACCAAAAAUUAAAAACAAAAACAAUCCAACCUGGAAAGAGGAACAAUAUGGAUCCAAUAGUUGGGAUGGAAAUCAUUCAGGUCCCUCUGGUGGAUCAACCAACAAUGGAGGAAGCAGUAACAUUGAUUCUUUGAAUAUGCAAAACUUGGGUAUAAAUCCCAAUGGAGGUGGACCACCCCCCAAUUUUAAUUUACCAAUAAGCCUUGUAGCUGCUGCCUUAAAUCAGGCCGGUUGGAGUGGCUUUUUGGGUCCUAAUAAUUCCGGGCCAAAUAAUUGGGGCCAAAAUGGCCCUCCCCAGAACAGUAACUCAGGUAAAAACUGGAAUAAUAAUCCAAAUUGGAACCAAAAUGGACCACCACCAUCAUGGAAUCAAGGCAACCCUAAUUGGAAUGGUAAUAAAAAUGGCAAUUGGAACCAAGGAAAUUGGUCAAAUGGGCAAGGUUGGGGUGGUAAUGGCUCUGGGCCAGCAGGCUCUAACAGUGGAUGGAACAACAAACCUCAAACAUAAGCGAGGAAAGGUAACAUGAAGCAGAUGCCUUGGUGUCUGAAUGUGUGAUGUGGAGUCUCCUGAAGAUAAAAAUAAUUAAAGCUGCCUAUUCUCAGUGACAUAUUGGAGCUCCUAACUAUGGAUUUAACUUAUCAGUAACCCUUAGGGAUGUCUCUUGUGGUUUAAAGGUUCAACUGAACAGUCCUUUUGCUGAAGAAUCUCAA